AUGAACUCACUAAACAACACACUCGGGGCGCUUAGGCCUGUACUGCGACGAAACCAGAGACACUUGAUGACAGGCUUUCCGAUUCUAAGCGUUUUGAUUUGGUUACCGAUCUUUGGUGCUGGUUUGCUGCUUGUUGCCGGUGAAAAGCGCAGCGCUCUGGUACGUUGGCUGGCGUUGCUGGUGGCGAGCGCUACCUUUCUGUUGAGUCUGUCGUUGUACACCGGCUUCGAUGCCGGCAUCGCCACGAUGCAGUUUGAACAGGAGCAGCCGUGGAUUGAGACCUUCGGGAUCAACUAUCACCUCGGCAUCGAUGGCAUUUCACUGCCGUUGAUACUGUUGACCAGUUUUAUCACCGUGUUGGUCAUCGCGGGCGGCUGGGAAGUCAUCAAAGUUCGAGUGGCUCAGUACCUGGCUGCGUUCCUGGUGCUCGAAGGACUGAUGAUUGGUGUGUUCAGCGCGCUGGACGCGAUUCUGUUUUAUGUUUUCUUUGAAGCCAUGCUCAUUCCGAUGUUUCUAAUCAUUGGGAUGUGGGGUGGACCAAACAGGGUCUACGCCACGUUGAAGUUCUUUUUGUAUACCUUCCUCGGCUCGGUCUUCAUGCUAGUCGCACUAAUUUACCUGUAUCGGCAGGGUGGCAGUUUCUCUAUUCUGGCUAUGCACCAGCAACCGCUAGGAUUGCAGCCCCAGAUCUGGGUGUUUCUUGCAUUCUUGAUUGCCUUCGCGGUGAAGAUACCCAUUCCGGUGCAUACCUGGCUGCCCGAUGCGCACGUCGAGGCACCAACUGGCGGCUCAGUGAUUCUGGCGGCGAUCAUGCUGAAGAUCGGCGGCUAUGGAUUCUUGCGUUUCUCGCUACCCAUUACGCCUGAUGCCAGCGCCCACCUUGACUGGUUACUGAUCACCUUGUCCUUGAUUGCGGUCGUCUAUAUCGGCUUUGUAGCACUGGUCCAGGAGGACAUGAAGAAACUGAUUGCCUAUUCCUCGAUAAGUCAUAUGGGCUUUGUGACGUUGGGAAUAUUUAUUGCCUUUGCAGUUCUGGCCCGAGCUGACAACCCGCAAUCUGCUGGUUUGGGAGUCGAAGGGGCGAUCGUUCAAAUGGUGUCGCACGGAUUUAUCUCAGCGGCAUUGUUUUUCUGUAUCGGCGUGAUGUACGACCGCAUGCACUCGCGCCAAAUUAAGGACUACGGUGGAGUGGUCAAUACCAUGCCGUGGUUUGCCGGUUUUAUGGUGCUGUUUGCGAUGGCCAAUUCCGGCUUGCCAGGCACCUCGGGAUUCGUUGGUGAAUUUAUGGUGAUCCUGGGCGCUUUUCAGGCCAACUUUUGGUUUGCUUUUCUGGCAGCCGUCACCUUGAUCGUUGGCGCGGCAUACUCGCUGUGGCUGAUCAAACGAGUCAUUUACGGCGCGGUCGUGAACCCCAAAGUCGCUCAGCUAAGGGAUAUCAAUCGGCGCGAGGUGCUGAUCCUCGGCAGCCUGGCAGUGGCGGUUCUUGCAGUGGGCAUUUGGCCCCAACCAUUGGUUGAGGUGAUGCAUGCCUCGGUCGACAAUUUGCUAACUCACGUGGCAGCUGGAAAGAGUGAUGCUGCGGCGAUCGCAGUGGGAGCACGCUAG